AUGUCUUCUAGGGCUGUUGCUGCCGUGUUUGUCGCGAUGCUCGGAGGAGCGGCGGCUUUGGCGACGGGUGCAGAUGCGGUUUGUGGCAUCAUUUGCGUGGACAGCGUGAAUGAGUGCGGCGAACGAUACGGAGGUUGCUACGACCCCUGCCUCGAAGAUGCUCCUGAAGCGCCUGCUUGUACGAUUCCCUACCUGCAUGCGUGGUUUGAUACGGAACCUCCGACACCAUUCACGCCUCUCCCGGAGGACGGUGAUGAGGAUUGCGAAGAUAUCAUUGUUUGUGUGGAUGGGGUGAAUGCGUGUGGGAUCCCCUUUGGAGAUUGUGUUCCUGCUUGUCUGCCAUGGAAUAUCACGAUUCCUGAGUGUCCCCCUGACCUGACUGACUCGGGCAACACGACGCAAACUUUGCCUGGGGAGGCGGCGGAGGAGCCCAAGGAGCCGGAGGCGUCCGAGGAGCCUGAGAAGCCUGAAGAGCCUAAGGAGACUGGGGAGCCAAAGGAGCCUAAGAAGCCUAAGGGGCAUAAGAAGCCUGAGCCUGAGGAGCCGGAGGAGCCGGAGUGGGAUGAGGAGCCUGUGCCGUUUAUUCCUAGCCCGGACGACCCUUGGUUUCACUGA